UUGCUUGGUCACACCGUGAUCCUCCACCCAUUGAUCCCAAACUCGUUUUAAGAUAGUAUAAUUAGAAUUGUGUGUAGCGCGGGUUCUAUGAUACGGGAAUGGCGCCAGGGACGAUUGAGUGGGAAACGAAUGAGGGGAAAGAGGCUCGCAUUCCUCGGCAUUUUUGCAACCAUCGGAGAGAGAAGGUUUGCUGUUUACUGUCUGCUUGCAUUUUGUGUUCCUAAAUCGAUGCGCGUCUGUUUCUCCCUCUAGUAGAAUAAGAGAAAGAAAUCAAUAACUUCGUAUCCACAUAAUUGGUAUUGAGGUACAAUAGUCGUUGGGCGUAGUUGCAUAAUGUAUCUUCCCCCGGUUUAACUGGGAUCCUUCGGUAACUUUUCUCUUCCACGCCAUCCGGAUGGAUACUUUCCCGUAAAACCCGCGACGGGUUGGAACGGACUAGGUUCCCCAUUCAUGUCUUCCUCGUCAAGUACAGAAUCGGAUUCUUCAUUCUUCGUGACUAUUGAAUUUCCGUCGAAUGACGAUUCAUCAUGCACCGAUUCAGGCUUUGGCGCGUCACAGGAUGCAAAGAGUGGUCCUGUUGGCUCAUCGUGCGUUGGUUUGGACCGUUUGGCUAUAGUAUCUUGCCAUUUUCCCUCACUAUUGUUACCGUUUCUGAUUUCCCGAGAGAAGUUUGUUGGUGAACACACAUCUUUGGACUUUGGUGGGCUGAGUAUGGUGCGAUCUGGAAGCUGCAAUCUCGCGAGACUUCGCACUCAAAAUCAUUUCAACUAUACCAUACGGACAGCCUCCGAACGAGUUCGCAGCUAAACGACACUCAACAACCUAUCAUUGCAUUCCCCAUUGAAUUUGGAUCCAGUUGAAAAGCAAGUUUGGGUUGCGGAUGCAGAUUUAGAAGAUGGAAUAGAAUAUUCGACAGCCACAGCUUUUGCCCACGCAGGCGCGUCCCCGACCCCAGUGGUCGACCUACACGACUUAUCAGAAGAGCUCACAGUUAAACAUAGAAUGCUUCCAAGCGAAGCUGGACACCCAAAUCCUGGAAUAUUGAGUUCAGCAGUUGAUAUUGCGAAGCUUUCCAUGGUCUAUAGAAGAGCUCACGAGCAGGAAGUGUGGGAUUCUAAAGGGCAAAGUCUUGAGCUAAGCAUGAUUUUCUGAGGACGUAGACAACCAUUUGGCAAAUGAAUAUAUCACGAAUUGUAAGCACAAAGCGGACAGAUAUAUUCUUGUACUGUGCUUCAGCAUUUGCACUUCUCGUGGUUGCAUAUAAUCCAGGUACCCAAUUAUACGCAGUCGAUAUGCGGAUACUAAGCUAAAAUAGGUGAUAAAAGCAUCACUACCAAACACACAGACGUAACGAAUCGCAAAACCACCAAAUAAAAUAACAUCAAUCCACUCACUAAGCCACGCCGCAUCACCAUUCAACCAUCCCAACAACCCAACCAAACCAACCACAAUCCAAUUAUCCAAACUCCACUUCAUGCACAACUCCAUUGUAACAGACCAAGCCUUUCCAUCGUACAUCUAACCACCCAAAGACACAGCAAUCACCACACGUAUACCUCCCUCCCUCCCACCACACACCCUCCCCACCUUCGAAUCCUCGUUCCACAACCCCAAACCCGCGCAAAACCUCUUCCUUUAACCGCCUAAACAAACGCAAUAACAUCCCCGCCUUCACCCCACCCCAUCCCAUCCCAAGUGUCAAAUCAACGAAGAAAGCAGAAAAAUGAAGAUCCCAACCCUCCCUACCAUCCUCCUCACAACCAUCCCCUCAACCCUUACCCUCGCCAUCCCCACACCAUCACCACCAACCGCCCCCCCUCACCCACCUAUAACGAUACCAUACUGCUGCGAAGAUUCAGCAUGUUUCCGCAUCUUCGAAGCAGUCGGAGAAAUAAUAUGUUCGGGGGCGGAGUUUAUGUGUCCGGCUGGGACGCCGCCGGUUGUGAAUCGCUCGAUGUUGGAGUGUAUGGAACUUGAAAGGAAGUAGCAAGAUGAACACAUCGAAUCGAAUCGAAACGGAUAAAAUAUCAUCAAAUAAAAGAAAUAGAGGGCUGGCGGGCGGGCGCGCGUAUGUGUGUAUGUGUAGGAGAGAAGAAGGGAGGGAGGGAGCUCUUCAAGUUCCCCCCCCCCCCCCCCCCGCGAAGACAAAACCGAGUUUUAAACAAUCAGAAGUUUCUAAUACUAGACAAAUUCUUCUCUUUGUUUGUUUGUUUGUUUGUUUGUUUGUUUGUUUGUUUGUUUGUUUGUUUGUUUGUUUGUUUGUUUGUUUGUUUGUUUGUUUGUUUGUUUGUUUGUUUGUUUGUUUGAAGAGGGUGAUGAAAGCCUUUUCUUCUCGCCUUCUGGAAAGUCUGUAGAGAGCCCUUGUUUUAUAUGUGUCUAGAUAUUUACACUAGUAGAUGGAUAGCUGGACUCAAGUUUGAAUCAUUUCCGCUGCUGGCGGCUGCGAUGGCAAUGAUUGACUCUUGGUAUGUAACAUAUCAAUAUGUGUGUU